AUGUCUUAUGAACAAUUAUAUAAGGAGUUCCACUCUACCAAUAGCUUUGAGCCCUUUAUUGAUUUGGAUACUCAACCAAAAUUUGCCAUCUGUGGUUUACUGGUUACUUUGGUCUUGAUAUCCUCCGCUCUGUUUAUUGUUGGUUCUAAAUCUUCCUUUGUUAAGAAGUUCUUUCUUUAUACAAUCCUCAGCGUAAUUGGCAGUUUAUUUGCUGGUUUGACUACUGUUUUUGCCUCAAACUCUUUCGGUGUCUAUGUUUGA